AUGUCGAUACCGAAAACCUCCUGGGCGGAUGAUGUCGAUGAACUCGGUUGGUUUUUAACGUCCUGUGUAGUAUCGGGCCAACAGGAAGACGACAAUAUCCGAACGGUUAUAGAGUAUAGUGUGAACGAACAGGGCAAGAAGGUCAAGAUCACUCGCAAGAUCAAGCGAACACUGCAGAAAUCUGUCGUAGAACACCAGGUCGCAGAACGUCAAAAAUGGGAGAAAUUUGGUGCAGAAAGAGGAAAUGCUCGGGGACCAGACCGAGCAACUACUACCGUUGGCGAAAACGUCUAUCUAACGUUAUCGGCGGGUAACAAACUUCUUCAGUCUGCCGAGUCAGAGCAGCAGGAAGAGAAAAAACCCGUCAAAUCCACUACUGGAGGCAAAGUCGUGUGUCGGCUAUGUAAGGGAGAUCAUUUCACUGCAAAAUGUCCUUACAGGGACACUCUCGGUGGUUUGGAAAAUGCUGGAGACACUGGGGCUGGGCCCGAUGACGAUACGGUUCCUCCGCCUGAUGCGGCCUCAGGAGCAGGCCCCACCGGAUCGAAGUACAUUCCUCCUUCACUCCGUGCAGGAGCCCGUGGUACAGGAGAGACUAUGCGUGGACCCGGUGGUGGAAAUAGGGACGAUUUGCCGACAUUGCGUGUCACAAAUAUCUCAGAAGACACCCAAGAAAAUGAUCUCCGUGACUUAUUUGGACACUUUGGACGUGUUGCUCGAGUCUAUGUCGGUCGUGAUCGCGAUACUGGUGCUGGAAAGGGAUUUGCGUUCGUGAGCUUCGAAGACAGGGCGGUGGCGCAAAAGGCAAUGGAAAAGGUCAACGGGAAGGGAUACGACAACCUCAUUCUCAGUGUGCAGUGGAGUCAGCCAAGAGCAGAUCCCAAGUAG